AUGCCCAAGAACCACAGGAAGGUAGCAGCUGCUCACGCUAGGGCCACACGAUGUAACUCCACUCUUGGUCAUCUCUGCAUCUUCCUCCUGAAGUUCCACUGCAAACUCAAUUUCAUCGAAUAUUUCUGGGGAAAGGUCAAAAAAUAUCUCCAAGACAACUGCAAUGGCACUUUCAAGACCCUGAAGAAGAACAUGCCCUUAGCAAUGCAGUCUGUGCAGCUCAGUACCAUUCGACUGUGGGAACAUUGCAUGCACCACUGGAUGGAGGCAUAUCAGACAGGUCUGAGCACAAAGGAUGCCCAGUUUCAGGUUAAGCAAUUCAGCUCUACAAAGUACAAGUCUCACAGAUGUAUUCCGGAGACAUUGGCUCGCAUUUUUGAUUGA